AGUUAAAUCGAUAGUAUUUAUUGCAACCACCGCUGCAUGUGCAUGAUUAUCGUCAUUGAUUCUGAUUCUGUAUGUUGUUUUCCUUGAUGAAGUCUCAUAACAUGCUGCGAGACAUGAAGGUGGAUGAUUGACGCAUUCAAUCCACGUCUGUCGUGGAAGUACGGAUGAAGGUUCCCUCUUUCUGAUUGUUUCCUUCUCGCAGCGCGCUCAGGCCAGUCGGAACUGAAGAAACGGCCGAGAUGAUAUCACCUGAAGAAGGAAUUGGAUUUCCAGUGUCGAAGGGUGACCUUGACCCUGACGCUGACAACGGACGCAACUAUAAUUUUGUAGGAGACGAUUCAGCAAAACCCGAUCUCCACGUGCAUAACGACGCGCCAACAAGUAUCAUCGGUGCAGCACCAGAAGAGGCAAGUACUGUACCUGCGGCCCCGGGUGUCCCGAGGACUUCUGCGCCAGCACUUCUACAUGCAGGAAAGUUGAGCUUGUCGACAGAGGACGACGCGUCCUCCCGAACAUUUUCUGACGAUGAUUGUUCGUCCUGUUCCAAAUCCAGUUACAACACAUCGUCCGACGAUUCAUCGAUUCUCUCGACGUCGGACUCCGAAAUAGACUACGAUACGGACAGUACUACCACAGUAUCAGAUCAAGCGGGGCCUUUGCUUGCGCCCGAACACCACAACCGCGGCGUGAGUAUACCUGCUGUGGCUCCACUACGGACGACUUCCGCAGGAGGAGGAGGUGGAGGCCAGUAUUUCGCUCAGGACAGCGCUUUAUCCUCUGCGCCGCGCGAGGCGGUGACUUCAGGAGGAGACGCAUUCGGAUCAGAACCUCAACACGGUGGAAGGGGUGAAGGACAUGGGGCUCCUAUUGACCAUGAUGUUGGCGUACAGGUUGAUGAGGGCGGAGCUACUCCUGCUGGCAUCGAUAAUUCACAUGGAUCAGCUUUCGACACAUCGAACACUGCCGCGAUCAACUUGUCCCGCGCAUUUCUAGUCACUCCGCUAGCAAGAGGAGAGCAAGAGGAGCCCCACAACGCGAAGGCGCCUGAAAAAGAGCAAAACAAAGCGCCACGAAGCGUCGCUGGAGUUAGAGGCAUGCCGGAUCGACAGCAACGCCACGAUGAUGUAGUCGCGAACCAGCACAGCAGUGGUGAUCAGAAACCGCCUGAAGAAGGCCAACAGUUUCAACAUUCCCAGCAUACUGCUUUUGGUUUUGCACUUGGUGGCAUUGCAUCAACGAAACAACAUUUUCUGCAUGAUGGCGUUCAUUAUGGAAGCUUUCACGAUAUCUUGUCAAUAUCCAAGGACAGCAUUGUCCCAGUACAACAACAUCGUUAUGACCCUGAACCGAGCAAGCACCAAGACGGACGAAUCUUCGGUCGAAAGAAGGCGAAACGAACUCCGAACAGCGGCCAUCACUCACUUCGUCCAGAGUACAACGCGCAAUCGAUCCUAGCAAAUUCCGCAAGGCGCUCCUCGAGACGUCAUCAGCGCACACCUGGCCCGUUUCAGUCGCGUCCGCAACAGAGAGUACUGGUUUCAUUUCAAUCUAGAAUAGUUACAUGUUGAUGUGCAACCACUUUUUCUUAUAAAUUUACAAUACAAAUACAUGUUGCUGCUCCUGAAGAUAGAUAGAGAUAAAGUCGAAGGACACGAACUGGAACUGCUCGAACGUAAGAAAAAGCCUCUGUCUAUCUUUUCGUUGUCAACAAUUGCGGACAACUCACUUCUUCUACAGGGUUGGGCGCAGCUGUAUCAAGGGACGGGAAACAAGUGGUCUUCUAUUAAGCAGUCGAGCGAAAAUCAAAAUGUAUCGUCUGCGGACUACGACAACGACUCAGCAGGUGCUGGCGCGUUUGAUGCCGAUACUAGCAGGAUGUUUACAUCGCCGGUAACGCCCUUCAAAGGAGGACAUUUGAACACUCGACCGCGGCGAUCGGAUCGCGAACAGCAUCGAAGGCACGACGUCCACCUUCGAAAGAGAAACAGUGGUCGCGGCGAAAAAACAUCAAGCAUGCGGCGAAACAAAGUGCGUGUAGCAGUUUGCGGGAUUGCUGCCGCGUGUCUGGUCCUGGUCGGAUUCGUAGUGAAGAACGCGUACGACGAACAGCAAGCGCUGCCGCUCUUGAGGGCGGCGGCUGGUGGACCACUUCUAUCUUCGCCCUCGGGAGGAAGUGGCCCGCAAGCAGGAUCUUCGAACAACUUCUUGCAGCAAUUGAAUGUCAACUCCCCACCUGGUUCCCCUCCGGCAGCUACUCUCCAGUUAACAUCUUCGACUUCAGCGUCUUCCGGAGCAGGAGGUGGCGGACAAAAUCUAGUUCCCACGGCGUCUCCGAACGCGUUGAUGCCAAUAUCAUGGAUGUCAAACAUUGCGACGAUCUGGUACGCGGUUGCGGCUGCUGUAGCCUUCGCAGGGGGGCUUUUUCUGCUUUGGCGGGUAGUGUUAUAAAGCACGAAAUCAAGUUUAAAGGAGCAUUUUCGUUUCAGCUUGUGUCAGGCACAGGCAGCACGUUGCGUUUUACUUUGAAUAAACCUUUACCCUUUGCUUUACGUUUAUCAUGAUGUAUCUACUUACAUGUGUUAGUGUUGCUAUGAAUCAUGUAAAUGUUCGUCGUUACGUCAUUAUUGUCAUUGAAAAAUGUAUGACGAAAAACGUAUUGAUUUUGAUCGUUAAUCGAAAAAAAUAUAUAGCGCCCAGUAAGUCUCAGUAUGCAAAACAUCCGAAAUUUUUUUGCGGGCAGCGGGGCUGCCGAAGAACAAUCAAAGACUGAGGUGCCGGUACGUAUAUCAGUACUUCCAAGCAUGACCACGCAGUCAAACCACUCGCUAGGAGUAAAACUAUUUGAUCACAUUUUGUCUUUCCUACUCCUAAUGCUUACUUCUGUUUUCAUCUUUUACAUUUUCUUCAUUAUAACGCAGUAUUAGCAUGUGCAUAUAAAUCCUUCAUAAUCUUCACCUGCGAAAUCAAAGGGACUGACAUUAGUGCCUGCGGUCGUUCCAGCUUUUGAAAAAAAAGUCACACGCUCUUUGCUCCAUUUUUGGUAGAUUGGUGUCAUUUUUCAGAAUGUUUCUUCGCAGUGACAAUUUACAUCUACUUAAUCAACAUGACAUAUAGAAACAUAUGUUGUAUCAGGAAAUACGACUUGUAACCACUCCUAAGUGAAGAUGAAGAUCACAAGGAGUCGAUCUUUACCGUGUAGAGAUUUUGACAGUUCAGUCUAACUGAUUCCGAUUUGGUGGCGAUGAUAGAAAGUUCUUAGCUCAAACCCUUCAAGACGGAUUGAGGAUUCAGUUGGGUAGUAAAUGUAAAUGUCUAAUUAUAGACUAGAGGAAUAUCGCAAAAGAGGGUACAGGAGAUGAGAUGUUAACACGUAAUCGAGUUUGAGACACUAGAUCAGGAAUAUCGCCUGCAUUUGUCAUAGUCGUAUCUGUUUUUCAAAAAAGAGUAAGAUUAAGAUAUGAUUUUUUUCUGUUGUCUGUGCUUGAAAACUUUUUUAUGACGAUGUGCAUGUGAAAGUCUGUUUUCAAUCUUGCAUGCAAGGAGAGAAAAGAUAGCUGGAAGAUUCUCCUCGGAUAACGGACCAUCCUGAUCCUGGCAACGAAUACAGAAUCAAAAAGCCGAAGUCUGGUGGUGGUGCAUGCAAGAAGUUAUAAACAAUAUGAAUGCGAUGCCCUGGACCCUGCGUGCUUGUAGUGCUCUUAU